GACCAUACUUCUUCUAAUGCAUCUUUUGAGCUGGCUUCCAUGUGGCUGAGAGACUGCGUUCAAUCACACUCGCGAUGUAAUUCCUAUAAAGAUGGCACGCCAUGGUAUCCAACGCGUCUUUUGCAUCUAGUUGAUUCUGAUGGAAAGGAGGGCUACGUACGGCUCAUACACACAGCCGAGAUGUCACCCGAUGAACAUUAUGCUACUUUGAGUCACCGCUGGGGCAGUACAAGACCUCUCCAACUUACAAAGUCAGCGGCGUCCGAUCCAAACCACCGCUUUUUGGUGGCUGAGAUGCCCAAAACGUUCCAGGAGGCCAUCCAGGCGUCCAAAAGACUUGGGAUUCAAUACCUAUGGAUAGAUUCCUUAUGCAUCAUCCAAGAGGGAGACAAUCUUCGUGAUUGGUAUCAUGAAGCAAGUCUGAUGGACAAGGUAUACAUGCAUUCCCAUCUCAACAUUGCUGCAGCAGAUGCAGAUAACGGCACAAAAGGACUUUUUCGACAGCAUCCCCCAUUACCUCUAGGUCGUCAGCGUGUUGCAGUCAAUACAAAAGAUAUGAAACCAGGACCACAUUACGCUAACUAUCUAAUGACGGACUGGAUGCUGUGCGGUCGCAACCUGGACAACUCUCCUCUUCACAACCGUGGCUGGGUUUUUCAAGAACGCUUCCUGGCCCCGCGCAACCUGCAUUUCUGUCGUGAUCAGCUUUUCUUCGAAUGCAACGAGCACACCGCAUGCGAGACAUUUCCCAAAGGACUCCCCGGUCUUAGAAAGCAUCAUGGGCACAAGCCCAUAAAGUCCAUGCUUUGGAAACAAGAAGAUCUUUCUGCGUUAUCUGAUAGAAAUAGAGAGCACUUAAGAACCUUUUGGUAUAGUCACGUUAUUUCCAUGUAUUCUAUUAUGGACUUGUCUGUUUCAACGGAUAAGUUGAUAGCCCUUUCUGGUGUAGCCAAGCUCUUUAUGGCUCGUCUUGAAGAUACAUACGUAGCGGGUAUGUGGCGUAGUCAGUUGGAAGACUCGCUGUUGUGGAGCGUUGUACCUCGCGACUUAUUGCCUCGUCCAUUAGUUUAUCGAUCACCAACUUGGUCUUGGGCGUCAGUAGAUGGACACAUACAAUCAAGUCUGCUUGAGGAGGGUCGAGAACUACUCAUACACGUGGAGGAUGUCGCACUAUUUUAUGCAACCGAGGAUACUACGGGGGCAAUCACCAGAGGUUGGCUAGACCUACGCGGGACCCUCAAACCAGCGAGGUUGCGUAAACUCGAA